UAGCAGAUAACGGCUCCUAGCCAUAGGCCCUGUGAAUUGUGUAAGCACCGGGUGUAAGCAUCAACUGGAAAGUUGCUGAUCGGAGCUGGAUUCACAAUUUGACGUGAGGCUGUAGUAAAAAUGCUUGCUGCAUCUGCUUUAGUAGGAAGGGCACUCCUAAGGAGUCAAGCCAGAGUGGUUUCUGGAGUGAGUUCCCUUCACACAUUGCCAGAUCUUCCAUACGAUUAUAAUGCCUUGUCACCAGUCAUCAGCUCUGAGAUCAUGGAGCUCCACCAUAAGAAACAUCAUAAUACGUAUGUGACCAACCUCAAUACUGCAGAGCAGACGUUGGAACAUGCAGUUGAAGCAGGUGACAUCAGCGGAAUCAUAUCGUUGCAGUCAGCACUGAGAUUUAACGGGGGAGGCCACAUCAACCAUACCAUCUUUUGGCAGAACCUCUCGCCAGACGGUGGAGGAGAACCAACAGGCGAGUUGUUGAGUGCGAUCAAGAAAGACUUUGGAUCCUAUGACGAUAUGAGAGCCAAGCUGACUGCUGCUACCGUAGCCAUCCAAGGAUCUGGAUGGGGCUGGUUGGGUUACAACAAAGGUACAGGAAGUAUUCAGAUUGCCACGUGUGCUAACCAGGAUCCUCUCCAAGCUACCACGGGAUUGGUCCCACUCUUUGGUAUUGAUGUAUGGGAACACGCCUACUACCUACAGUACAAGAACGUCCGCCCCGAUUACGUCAAAGCCAUCUUCAACAUUGCAAACUGGGCUGACGUCGAGAGGAGACUGAGAGAUGCGAUGACCAGUUAGACCAUUUGAUAAGACCCUCCUGUAAGACCAAGCUUGGCAGAUUAUCUAGCUCCUACGCUCAAGAUUGUAUAAUCUGUCCAAGAGUGUCGCUUUACAUGCUUUAUUCAUCAUUAUAUAAUGACACUUCUGCUGUAUUGUUCAGUAUAUCUCUAUCUCGCCAAUCAAAGUGUGGAAAUUGAAAUAAUAUUAUGCAUGAGCUUGUGUCUGGUCCACUGGACCUAAAAGCAUGAUUGUACUGGAAAAGUACAAGAUUUUAAUAUCAAUUUUCUCUAAGCACUGUAUGAUCAGUUAACUUGCUGGAAUUUGUACUAAAGAUUCUAUUGGAUCUUGAUUAAAGGCAGAUAUAUGAAACAGAAUUUAAGUACAUCAUCUAUAUGGAUUAUGAGUUCCCAAUUGCGAACUUUUAAUGUCUUCAAUGCAAGAAGGGUUGCCAUCUCUGUUCAUAAUCUUGUAUUGCUCUCACUAUGGUCUCGCCAUGAUAGGCAUGCAUGAAUAUGUGGGACUAUACAUAAAUUUCACUCAUGUGUGAAGUAUUGACUUGUGAUAUGUUUCACCUCUCAUAUGCAAAACGAAUUUCAUUGAAAUAUUAUUUUACUAGUAUAUGUCAAAGAAAUUUUAAAAUGAAUAUUUGAUUUUCUGGUUUGUGGACAACUUCCCCUGGCCUUGGGACUAAUGGAAUAUGUCUUUGGGAAAGGUUUGCUCGGCGUGGAGAAGCCCUUUGGGCUUGGAGAACCCACCCUCCUAGGGAAUCCAUGUUCUGGGAGGGGGGGAGGUGUUUUCAGGUUGGAAUGGUAUUGGUAUGUGGGGGGAAUUACCCUCCUGUGGAAGUCGUCCUGUUGACUUAUUUUGGGAUUUUCUUCUUGAUUAGUUCAGCUACCACUGAUAAAUCUUGUGAAUCAUGCUUAGAGAAAAAAAAAACAGGAAACAAUCAUCUUUGAAAUCUAUACACUUAUAUUUUCUAGGUAUUUUAUGUUGUGUCCCAUUUCUUGAAAAGUGUAUUGUAUCUGUAAAUGUAAAAUUGAAAACAAGAACAUAGGUAGAUGUUGACAUUCACGUAAUUGCAGACAAAAAUUGCCUAUACAGCAUCAAAUGCCUAUAUUGCAUCAAAUGUGUAUAGACUUGUUGAAUUAUUGAUUGACCAUUCUGUAUGAUGUGAAAUAAAUCAUUGCAUGUGAAGGGAAUGUGAUCAUUUAAUAUGUGAGAUCAUUGAAUCCAUUACUGUAAAAGUUUUAGUGGACCCUAGAAUCAAAGAUUUUUGAAAGAAUUUUAUUUGGAUAUAUUUUCACCAAUCACAUUAAAUGUGUGAAAAGU